AUCUUCUUAGAAACAGCAGACACGCCGUAGACAUGCCCUGUUCCACAUGAGUGGGUGAAUUACAGUGAGUAGUUUUUUAAUUCCCCCAGGAGAACAUUAGUAGAACCCCUGUCUGUAGAACUUCAUUCUCACAAGAGCAGCUCUGGUUCAGGACCAGCCAUGCUGCGGCUGCUGCUUCUGAAGCUGAUGGGUCUGAUGCUGGUCGGGCUCGUAAAAGGCGAUCUUUGCCCCAUUACUCUUCAUCCUGCUGAGGUGGUGGUUGAAUAUGGAGCUUCAGCAUCAGCAAACUGUUCCACUUCCAACCCUCAUGAGGGAAUGGGCUGGGUAGCCUUUCAGGGACCAGUGGAUGAGACGAAUGAUGUCCAGUUCAUCAUCUGGAGUGUGGACAAUAUUGAAGAAUGGGACAUAACACCAUUUUGCUACAUCAACAAAACAGAUGAUGACCAGUGCACUGUCUCCCUCCCAGUUACUGUCUACAAGAUUCCUGACGGCGUGUUCAUCAGCACUGUGGGUCACACUGGACCGAUGAUUGAGGAGCAACAGUAUGAGCUCCAGUGUGCUCUUCAGGACGUCGCUCCUGUUGGGAAUGUCAUUGUGAAGUGGUACAAAGGAGACACUCAAGUGGGAAAUACAACCUUUAGUGAAUCCAGCAAAACUCCAGAUAAGCUGUUAGCUACACUCCAGAUCUCCCCCAGCAGAGAUGAUGAUGGAGCUCAGUACAGGUGUAAAGCAGAACUGAACCUAGGACCAAAAGGACCUCAACCUCCUCCUGCAGUGAUGUCAGAUCCCCUCAACAUUACUGUAAAAUAUAAACCAGUGUCAGCCUGUUCAAACUGGUCACCAGUAAUUAGCACCACCCUGGACUCAUAUCCUUUUCCUUUUGUGGGCAACCCGCCACCACGGCUCACCUGGUAUUUUAGAGGGUCAAAGGUUGAUCCCACUAAGCAGCUCGGCAAACACGACUCUGGACAAUAUCUGUACACAGCCAUCAAUACUGUUCACAUGGGGAGCUGCUUGCUCAACAUCACAGUGGAAUAUGGACCAGAGAUAGCACCAGGAGACGACUCAGCAGAGGUCAACAGAGGUCUGAAUGUGUCCCUGACCUGCAAAGCUGAUGGGAAUCCAAAGCCUGUUUUAAGGUGGAGCUUUAACAAUCAACCUAUGGCUACUGGAAAGGGAGAGGCAACACUCACCAUUUCUAGAGCCAAGGUUACCGACAGUGGCGAGUAUCUGUGCACUGCAGCAAAUAAAAUUGGGACCCAAACAAAGAGAGUCUCCCUGGUGGUAAAAGACAUUUGUCCCAUCACUCUUCGUCCUUCUGAGGUGUUGGUCAAAUAUGGAGACUCAGUCUCGGCCAUCUGUUCCACUUCCAUCACUCAUGAGGGAAUGGACUGGGAAGCCUCUCAGGGACAAGUGAAUGAGACGAAUGAUGUCCAGUUCAUCACCUGGAGUGUGGACAGUCUGGAGAAGUGGGACAUAUCACCAUCUUGCUACAUAAAUCUAAUAGAUGAUAACCAGUGCAGGGUCCACCUCAACGUUACUAUUUACAAGAUUCCUGACAGUGUGUCCAUCAGCAUUGUGGGUGAAACUGGACCAGUGGUUGAAGGCAGACAGUAUGAGCUCCAGUGUGACAUUCAGAACGUCGCUCCUGUUGAGUUUCUCACUGUGAAGUGGUACAAAAGAGAGACUCUAGUGGGAAAUUUAACCUUUACUGACUCCAGAACAACUCCAAAGAAUGAGGUAGCUACACUCCAGAUCUCCCCCAGCAGAGAUGAUGAUGGAGCUCAGUACACGUGUGAAGCAGAACUGGAUCUGGGACCAGAAGGACCUCAACCUCCUCCUGCAGUGAUGUCAGAUCCCCUCAACAUUACUGUACACUAUAAGCCAGAAAUAAUCUGUUCAGAUUGGUCACCAGUAAGUAACACCCCCUUGAGCUCAUGUCCUUUUCCUGUCAUGGGAAACCCAACCCCUGAACUCUCCUGGCUUCAAAGAGGAUCUCUGGUUGAAUCGACUAAACGCCUCAGGAAAGAUGACUCUGGACAGUAUCAAUACAUCGCCACCAAUUCUAUAGGGAGGGCCACCUGUGUCACCAACAUCACAGUCAAGUACGCACCAGAAUUUGUAUCAAGAGAGGACUCAGUGGAGGUGGAUAGAGGCAUGAAUACGUCUCUGUUCUGCAAAGCUGAGGGGGAUCCAGUGCCUGAAGUGAGCUGGAGCUUUGAAAAUAUAACAAAGGCCACUGGAAUAGGACAGACAACACUGAACAUUUCUGGAGCCAGACCUGCUGAUGGUGGAGAGUACACGUGCACUGCCACAAACACAUUUGGAAGCCAAACAAGAAGAGUCUCCCUGGUGGUUCACAAUUGCCCCAUUACUCUUCAUCCUGCUGAGGUGGUAGUUGAACAUGGAGCUUCAGCAUCAGCAAACUGUUCCACUUCCAUGCGUCAAAAGGGAAUGGGCUGGGAAGCCUCUCAGGGACAAGUGGACAUGAUGGAGAAUGUCCAGUUCGUCACCUGGAGUGUGAAGAGCAUUGAGGAGUGGGACAUAGCACCAUUUUGCUACAUGACUCUAUAUGAAGCUGACCAGUGCCAGGUCUCCCUCCCAGUUACUGUCUACAAGAUUCCUGACGGCGUGUGGGUCAGCAUUGUGGGUCACACUGGACCGAUGAUUGAGGGCCGACAGUAUGAGCUCAAGUGUGCUCUUCAGAACGUCGCUCCUGUUGGAAAUGUCAUUGUGAAGUGGUACAAAGGAGACACUCAAGUGGGAAAUACAACCUUUAGUGAAUCCAGCAAAACUCCAGAGAAUCUGUUAACUACACUCCAGAUCUCCCCCAGCAGAGAUGAUGAUGGAGCUCAGUACAGGUGUGAAGCAGAACUGAACCUAGGACCAAAAGGACCUCAACCUCCUCCUGCAAAGAUUUCAGAUCCCCUCAACAUUACUGUACUCUAUAAACCAGUGUCAGCCUGUUCAAACUGGUCACCAGUAAUUAACACCACCCUGGACUCAUAUCCUUUUCCUUUUGUGGGCAACCCACCACCACGGCACACCUGGUAUUUUAGAGGGUCAAAGGUUGAUCCCACUAAGCACCUCGGCAAACACGACUCUGGAGAAUAUCUGUACACAGCCAUCAAUACUGUUCACAUUGUGAGCUGCUCGCUCAACAUCACAGUGGAAUAUGGUCCAACAUUUGACUGUCUCAAAAACUACAAGUGGAGAGAACACAGUCUCUUCUCACAUAACUGCACAGCUCUGGCUUCUCCUGUAGCUACCGUCUCCUGGAUCAAAGAUGGAGAAAAUGUGCAACCCCCACGCAAUAUCACAAGGAGAGAUAAUGGCUUGUACAUCAUAAGGGCAAAGAACAAAUAUGGAACUGUAGACCAUCAUUUGUACCUUAAUGUUCUAUAUGCCCCAGUUAUAGCACUGAAAGAGGAAUCGGUAGCGGUGUACAAAGGCAAUGCUGUAUCUCUGCUCUGCAAAGCUGAGGGGAACCCAGAGCCUGAAGUGAUUUGGAGAUUUAACAAUCAAAUAAAGCUCACUGGAAAGAGAGAGGCGAUACUCAACAUUUCUGGAGUCACCGCUGCUGAUAGUGGAGUGUAUACAUGCACAGCCAAAAAUGAGCUUGGGAGCCAAGAAAGGAGGGUAGAGGUGCUGGUGGCGGUGAAAGAAAACACCAUUCAGAUCGUUCCAAUAAUUAUUGUUUUGGUGUUGAUCAUCAUAAUUUUGAUAUGCAUAUUUCUGUGCCUCAAGAAGAGGCGGAUGAGACGUUACAACGUGACUGCUGCGAACGGAGUUAACAUGUCAUUGCUUGGUAAUGGUAAAUCGAAAUAAUGACUAACUUGACUCCUGAAGUAUCUCUUACUGUACACUUUUAGUCUUUUCACUGCUUUUAACACACUGAAACCUGAGUGAUGUAUGUUGUUAUGUUGUUAUGUUGUGAUGUACUUAGAUUUUUAUCUUGAUGCAGCAUAAAAUUGACAGGACGUUGGUCUAGUUGUCACUGUUUAUUGUAAGAUUUCGAGUUAAAGAGGAUGAGAAAAUACAAUCUGUUUGGUUAUAAACUUAUAAACACUCCUCCAGUUAAAAUAGUUCCAUUGCUGCUCUGUUUGUAGCUAGACGGUUUGGUUUGUAAGCGCUGCAUUAUUGCUAGGUUACCUGUAUGUGGCGGAGUAAUACAUGGAGAACUUCAGUUACAGUGCAUUACCAGCUGAUAACGGUACUCACGGAACACCUCUCAGCCAAUCACAUUGCAGGGUUGGAACUGUGGUAUAAUGCAUAAUAAUUAGUAAAUGGACUAAUAAAAAAUAUAUAUAAAAAAUAGAUGCAAUGGGUCACUAGAACUUUUUAAGUUGGUGAGAGUUUAUUUUUUUAUAGUGUAACACAACAGUAUAAGAACAAACUCUUGAAGGCAAAUAGGUGCACUCACAAUGGUAUAAACUUUAUUUGAUGGUACAAUACAAAGUUAACUGAUGUCAAAGAUGGCACAAAGCUAAAGUAAAUAAAAAAAUCCCCCUGUUAAAUAUGCGUCCAUUCUAGGGCUGGAGCGAUAUUGAUCAAUAAUUACAUCUCAAUAUGCUCUGGAAAUAAUAAAAGAUCACUUAAAAAUUAUGAGUCUCCCAAAUUAAAAACCUCUGGAAUAUAAUCAAGAGGAAGACGGAUGAUCACAAGCCAUCAAACCACCAAACUGAACUGCUUGAAUUUUUGCACCAGGAGUAAAGCAGCAUAAAGUUAUCCAAAAGCAGUGUGUAAGACUGGUGGAGGAAAACAUGCCAAGUUGCAUUAAAACUGUAAUUAAAAACCAGGAUUAUUCCACCAAAUAUUGAUUUUUGCAUUAUUUGAGGUCUGAAAGCUCUCAUUUUUUUUUGUUUUUGUUAUUUUAGCCAUUUUUUGCAAAUCAACUCUCUAAAUUACAAUAUUUUUAUUUGGAAUUUGGGCGAAAUGUUGUCCGUAGUUUAUAGAAUACAACAACAAAGUUCAUUUUGCUCAAACAUAUACCUGUAAAUAGCAAAAUCAGAGAAACUGAUUCAUAAACUGGAAUUGGAAAGUGAUCUCUUAAUUUUUUCCAGAGCUGUAUAUCUUGAUAUUUUUUCAUUCCAUAAGGUAAUAAAAAAAACAGUUUUAACUGUUGCAGCUAAUUGAAAUGCAUCAUAAUAUAUAUAUACCGAUAUAAAUGAUAUUGUUUUUCUUAUAUCUCGUAUGAAAAUAUUUGGCCACACCCCCUCUAGAAUGUCAUUUAUUUUUAGCUCCUGCCCUUCAAACAGCAUGAGUCUGUCAUUGAUAUCUGACUUAGAGGUACAGAUUGCACACUGCCAUUCUCUUGUAUACUGACUGCUUGUUGGUGUAAGCAACUAUAAGGUACUGAUUUCAACAUUUUCUAUAUUUAUAUAUCAGUGUAUUGUACAUUUUUAAAUGUGCAAUAGACUAUAAUAAUCUUCUUGCUACUGGCGUUUUGUAAACAGUAUUAUAUUACCCAUUAAUGCUUGCAUUUGCAUGUGUCAGAUUCCAUUAAAACUGUUCUGUAAAAUGUUCAAAUGCUCAGAUGUUUAGAUGUUCACAUUACAAGUGUUCUCAGAUCAGAUUUGAUUUUAUUAACCAGCAUAAUACUACUGAUGAGGCUACGAGACUAUAGACUGACAGAAGGGAGGAGGAAGUAGCUGUUAGAUAUAGUAAAAUGCCAUCUGAAUAUAUGCUGAUUUUGUGGCAAUGCAAAAUUGUUUAAAUACUUGAGAUAUUAUUCUGUCUUAUGGCUGAAUUGAUGCGUGGUUCAAUAAAAAGUGCUAAAAAAAGAA